CACCCACAAGAGAUGCCGUGUCCUGCUGGCACCUGGAACGGGCAGAGGGGGCCCAGGAUGCCUCUUGGUGCCUGCCCUGUGCCCCUGGGUUUUUCUGCAACACGCCUGGCCAAGGUGCUCCCAUGGGACUUUGUGCACCAGGCUACUACUGCACAGGAAGGACAAAGACUGCAAAGCCAGAGGAUGGUGUCACUGGAGAUCUCUGCCCUCGAGGACAUUUCUGCCCUGCAGGCUCAGCAGCACCUUCCCCCUGCCCCAGUGGGGAAUACAGCAAUGCAACAGGUCAAGACAAAUGCCUUCCUUGCCCCGCUGGGUUUCACUGUUCCAAAGGACUAAAGCAUCGCUGUCCUCCCGGAUUUUACUGCCCUGAGAAAACUGGAAUCAGCUUUUAUCCUUGUCCUCCUGGGACUUACAACCCCUCCUACGGCCUCAGCCAGGCUGAGAGGUGCCAGCAGUGCCCUGCAGGAAUGUUCUGUGGAGAGUGGGGAUUGUCCUCUCCCAGCGGUCCCUGCUGGCCAGGAUUCUUCUGCACAGCAGGAGCAAGUGUCCCAAACCCUAAUGGAGCCACAAACACGAGCACUGGUGGCCCAUGCCCACCUGGACACUUCUGCCCAGCUGGCACAAGCAUCCCACAGAGAUGCCCCAUGGGCACUUACUCAGACAGGCUCCACAACUGGCAGGACUCCAGCUGCACAGCCUGUCCACCUGGCCAUUUCUGUGGCUCCUCUGGCCUCACAGCCCCCUCAGGACCCUGCUCACCUGGUUACUACUGCCUGCCUGGGGCUUCCUCUCCAUCCCCAUCUGGUCUGGGGGAGAAAGGAGGUCCUUGUCCUGUGAGCCACUUCUGCCCAGCAGGAAGCAGCUUUCCCUCCCCGUGCCCUGCAGGGACUUACAACAACCUCAGCAGGCAAGCUGCCUGCUCCCCUUGUGCUGCAGGGUACUACUGCCCAGAGAACACCACCAGCUACAGCACCAACCCUUGCCCAGCUGGGUUUUACUGCCCCAAAGGAACCAGGUUUGCCACUGAGUUUCCCUGUCCCAGGGGCUACUACAACCCUGACCCCAUGACCCAGAGCCUGGACAGCUGCUUGCCCUGUCCCCCUGGGCACUUCUGUGGCAAGGAGGGCUUGACAGCAGCCUCAGGGCAGUGUGAUGCAGGCUGGUUUUGCAUCUCAGCUGCUUGGACCUCGCAGCCCUUUGACCUGGAUAACUACACCAAUGCCAACUGCCUGUGCCCAGCCACUGCCACUGGAGGGAAGUGCUCAGCUGGGUUCUACUGCCCCACAGGGAGCCCAGAGCCCCUUCCUUGCCCUCCUGGGUUUUACUGCAAUGCCUCAGGUCUGUCUGUCCCCAGUGGGGAAUGUGCUGCUGGGUUUUACUGUGAAGGGGAAGCAGCUCUCCCUAAACCCACAGAUGGUGUGACUGGGAACGUUUGCCCUGUGGGGACCUUCUGCACUGCAGCAUCAGCAGUGCCCCAGCUGUGCCCAGCUGGCACCUUUUCCAGCCUCCCAGGGAGGAGAACACUUUCUGAGUGCCAGCCUUGCCCUUCUGGCUUCUACUGUGAGGAGCCCGGGCUCAGUGCCCCGAGUGGGGAGUGCUGGGCAGGUUAUUACUGUGACAGCCAGCAAGGACCAGUUAUUGAUUUCACCCUCUACCCCUGCCCACGAGGCUUUUACUGCCCACCAGGGACCAGCAGGAGCUCCCAGUACAGCUGCCCUGCAGGAACCUUUGGGCCAAGGCAAAAACUGAGAACUAUCCAGGAAUGUCAAAAGUGCCCACCAGGAAAAUACUGUGAAUCCCCUGGCCUUGCUGCCCCAACAGGAGACUGUGCUGAGGGGUUUUGGUGUAAGAGCGGUGCCCGGGUAAGAGAUCCCCAGGAUGGAGAGUCAGGACAUCCUUGUCCUGCUGGGCAUUACUGUCCUGAAGGUGCAGCCCUUCCCCUGCAGUGCCCUCCCGGCACCUGGGCUGGCAGGGCGGGCAGGAGGAGCCUGCAGGAGUGCCAGCCCUGUCCCGGGGGAUAUUUCUGCAAUGGCUCUGGGCAGGGGGCUCCCUCGGGGCAGUGCAGCCCAGGGUUCUACUGCGCCGCCGGUGCCCAGAGCCCCACGCCCAGCGAUGGCCUCGCGGGAGCUCCCUGUCCACCCAGUCACUUCUGUCCCCCUGGCUCCAGGGCUCCUACUCCCUGUCCCCCUGGCUCCCACCUGCCCCACACCCACGGGGAGCAGUGCCAGCCUUGCCCAGAGGGUCAGUACUGUGUGUCUGGUGAGGAACCAGCGCCCUGUCCACAGGGGUAUUUCUGUCCCAAGGGCACGGCUCUUCCAGUUGCUUGUCCAGCAGGAUCCUAUAACCCUUCCCAAAGACAAACCAGCUGCCUCCCCUGUCCUGAAGGGUUCUUCUGCCCCAAAAACUCCUCUUCCUUUUUGGGGAAUGAAUGCUCAGCUGGCCACUACUGCCCUGCAGGCACUGCUUCUGCAACUCAGUUCCCAUGUCCCAAAGGGACUUACAACCCCCAGAAUGGAAGCAGUCUGAGGUCUCACUGCACCCCCUGUGACCCAGGGCAUUACUGUGGACUUGCAGGGCAGCCCCAGGUUACAGGACCCUGCUGGGCUGGGUUUUACUGCACUGGAGGUGCCUCCAGCCCAACACCUACGGAUGGUCUUGAGGGGAACACGUGUCCCAAGGGAGCUUAUUGUCCUCUGGGCUCUGCCUUCCCACAGCCCUGUCCUCCUGGCUACUACAGCAGCUCCUCUGGGAAUACUGGGAUCGAGGAUUGCCUCCUGUGUGAUGCAGGGUAUUUCUGUGAUGGGACUGGACUUGUCUCUCCAAGUGGAUUAUGUGAGGCUGGAUUCUAUUGCAGUGGAGGAGCCAUUUCUCCUAAACCUCCCAGGGCGACAGCCAGUGGAGGUCCCUGUCCCCCUGGCCAUCAGUGUGUGAUGGGGAGCAGCAGAGCCCAGCCCUGCCCUGCAGGGACCUACAGCCCAUCCUGGGGGAUGACACAGUGCCUGGGGUGCCCAGAAGGUUUUUACUGCACCUCUGCCUCUGCAAACUACACAGACUGUCCUGCAGGUCAUUAUUGCCCCAGGAAUACAGAAUUUGCCACACAAUAUCCUUGUCCCCCUGGAACUUACAGUGAAGCUUUAAAUCUCUGGGAUGCUUCCAAGUGCCAGCUGUGCCCUCCUGGAAGGGUCUGUUCCAAGCCAGGCCUGGCAAGACCAGAUGGACUGUGCAUGCCUGGGUGGUUUUGUCCACCUGGAUCCACGUCAAGCAAACCAGUGAUUCCUGGGAAUUACUCUGGGAUGGCAGCCCCACCUUCUGGAUCUGUUGGGUUGUGCCAAGCAGGAACCUUUUGUCCUGCUGGGUCAUCUCUUCCUCUUCCCUGCCCUCCAGGUUGGUUCUGUGCCACCUCAGAGCUGGCAGCUCCAUCAGGUCCCUGUCAGGCUGGAUUUUACUGCACAGGGGGCUCCACACUCCCCAACCCCAGGGAUGGAGCAGUGGGAAACAUCUGUCCCCGAGGCCACUUCUGUCCUGCAGGGAGUUAUUCUCCCUCUCCCUGUCCCCCAGGCUCCUUCUUGGCUCACCAUGGGGGUCAGUCAGCACAGGAUUGCCAGCCCUGCUCCCCAGGCUGGUUCUGUUCCCAGCACGGCCACAGCUCCCCAGAGGGAUUGUGUAAGGCAGGAUGGUUCUGCCCAGCAGGCUCUGUGUCAGACCAGCAUUCAGAUUAUUUGUGUCCUGUGGGUCACUAUUGCCCCACUGGCAGCCCAGAGCCCGUGCCUUGUCCCCCUGGAGAAUAUCAGGACCAGGCUGGUAAAAUCCAGUGUGAAACAUGCCCAGCAGGAAUGUUCUGUGCCCUAAAACACCACCCAGGUGAUCUCCAAGAGAACAUCUCCCAGGGUGUGGUCAAACCAGUGGAAUGUCCAGCAGGAUAUUACUGCCUGCCAGGAACAAAGGCUGCCCACCAGUACCCGUGUCCAGAGGGCACCUACAGCAACCAGGCUGGACUGGGGAAGCCCAGGGACUGCAAACCUUGUCCUGGAGGCACCUUCUGUGCCAGUGCAGGGCUCUCAGCCCCGAGUGGUCCGUGUUUUCCUGGGUAUUACUGCUCUUCCAAGGCACGUGUGCCCAACCCUGUGAGGGAUGGGACGGGCAGCCUGUGCCCAGCAGGGCAUUACUGCCCUCCAGGCAGCAGCAAACCCCAGCCCUGUCCCACGGGCACUUUUCUGCCUCAGUCUGGGAUGGUUUUCCGGAAUUCCUGUCUGCCCUGCCCUGCGGGGAGCUUCUGCCAAGGAGAAGGCCUGGCUGCAGUUUCUGGAACAUGUUACCCUGGGUAUUUCUGUGACCUUGGAUCCACUCAACCAGACCACAGGCACUGCCCCCCUGGCUUCUACUGCCCUGAAGGCACUGAAUUCCCAAUCCCUUGCAGUCCUGGAAGCUUCAACUCUGGCAGUGGGAAAUGGCAAUCAGCAGACUGCCAGCUCUGCCCAGCUGGGUACUCCUGCAGUGGUCCUGGAGCACACACUCCCGAGCUGUGCCCUGCUGGGCACUUCUGUCUGCCAGGGACCAACCUCAGCACACAACAUCCCUGUCCAAAGGGCACCUUUGGCCCCAGGACUGGUGCCACUCGUGAGUCUGACUGUGAGCCCUGCCCAGCAGGCAUGUAUUGCUCAGCCCCAGGUCUGUCCCAGCCCUCUGGGUUCUGCUAUCCAGGUUAUCACUGUGCCAAGGGAGCCGUCAGCCCAGCCCCCAUCAAACACAGGGUGGAAUCCUCCAGCCUGGCUCUGCCUGGCAAUGACAUCUGCCCCGUGGGCCAUUUCUGCCCCAGGGGCACGGGGUAUCCCGUGCCGUGUCCUGCUGGAUCCUUCUCCCCCUCGGUGGGCCUGGAGGCGGAGGAGCAGUGCCAACCCUGCCCAGCUGGGCACUACUGCAGUGGCAAGGGGCUGUCUGAGCUGGCCCAGACCUCGCUGUGUCACGCAGGGUAUGUUUGCCUGGAAGGAAACUCUGCUCCCUGCCCUUCUGAUGGGAUCCAUGGGUACAGAUGUCCCAGAGGCUUCUACUGCCCUGCAGGCAGUGGGCUGGAGCUGCCGUGUGAGCCUGGCACCUUCAGCCCCGUGCCUGGGGCAGGAACCUGCCUGCCCUGCCCACCUGGAAUGGUCUGUGGAAGUGCUGCCACUGUGGAGCCCCUCACCUGCCCCAGAGGUUACUACUGCCCAGCUGGAACUGCUGCCCCACUGCCGUGCCCCGAGGGGACUCUGAACGCCUUGGAGGGGGCAGUGGCCCCCACUGCCUGCAGGCUGUGCCCAGUGGGCAAGUACUGCAGGGGAGAGGCCAACUGGGAACCAGAUGGUCUGUGCUCAGCUGGGUACUACUGUGACGGAGGAGCCACUGAUGCCACUCCACGUGGGUCACCUGCCUCCCCUCUCAGUGGGCCCUGCCCAGGUGGGCACUACUGCCCAGAAGGAACCCAUUUCCCAGUUGCCUGCCCAGCUGGCACCCUGAACAACGCCACGGGUGGUGCCUCCCCACAGAGCUGUGUGCCCUGCUACCCCGGGUCCUUCUGUGCUUCUGCUGGGCUGAGUUCUCCAACAGGACCCUGUUCUGAGGGGUUUUACUGCCCAGCAAACUCCAGCUCUGUCAGCCCCACAGCGUUGCUGUGCCCCAAGGGUCACUUCUGCCAGUCAGGGACAGCCCAGCCAACACCAUGUCCUGCUGGAGAGUACCAGCCAGCCACAGGCUCUGCAUCCUGCAUCCCCUGCCAGAGAGGGUUCUACUGCCAGGACCCGGUGACAGGAGAGCCCAAGCGCUGCCCACCUCAUUCUUACUGUCCCACAGGCACACGAGUUCCUCUCACGUGUCCUGAAGGCACCUUCACUCCUGGAAACAUGACUGGCCUCUGGAAUGAGAAGGAAUGUCUGCCUUGCUUACCUGGUCACUACUGCAGGCACGGGCAGCUGGAGGGGAAAUGUGCAGCUGGAUAUUUCUGCCUGGCUGGGAGCUCCCAGGCUGCUCCCCAGGGCCACAGCUUCUCCUGGCGCUUCCUGGCCGGGUGUCGCUGGGGCCAGGUGUGUGCAGGGCUGUGUCCUGCAGGUUUCUACUGCCUGGAGGGAUCUGAGGUGCCCACACCGUGUCCUGCCAACACUCUUAGAGAUCUUCCAGGGGCUGUGAGGAGGGAGGAUUGCUUGCCCUGUCCACUAGGACACUGGUGCAAAGCAGGGGACUCCCAGGCCCAUCCAUGCCCACCAGGACAUUACUGCUCUGGGGGCAGUGGCAGUGGGCACGGCAGCCUCGUGGCCCCUCGGGAGUGCCCCCCGCAGACGUUCCGCAUGCAGCCGGGGGCUCGGAGCCCGGCCGACUGCCAGCCCUGCCCUCCAGGGUACCACUGCCCCGUGUCAGGUCUGACACGGUUUGAGGAUUAUCCGUGCCCCCCUGGCUACUGGUGCCCUGGUAAAGGGGACACUUUCCUUUGUCCAGCUGGCACUUCCAGGACCCAGCCUGGUGCAAAGUCACUGGAAGAGUGUGAUCCCUGCUCACCUGGAUAUUAUUGCCCAGAUCCGGCACAGACAGGGCUGCCCAACACCCAGGGAGUGCCUUGCAAACCUGGCUAUGAAUGCCCAGCAGGUUCAGUAAAUCCCAAGCCUUGCAGGCCUGGCCUGUACUGUGGUGCUCUCACAGGUGAGCCCUCUGUGUGUCCUGCUGGGUACCACUGCCCUGAGGGAUCCUCCACAUACAACAGCCCUGAGCAGCUGUGUGUGUUUCCAUACUACUGCCCCCCUGGCAGUGCCCACCCGGUGCCAUGUGAAGGAGGGUCCAUGGCCCUGACCCUGCCUGGUCUGAGGGACUCCUGGGAGAAGUUCUGCAGGGUCUGUGCUGCAGGGACCUACCGCAGUGCCCCCCUGCUCACAGCCCCCUGCCAGCCCUGCCCAGCCGGCUUCCUCUGCCCACCAGGCAGUGAGAGCUACCACCAACAGCCUUGUCCUCGAGGCCACUACUGCCCUUCCCUGGCACCUGCCCCCCUGCCCUGUCCCCCAGGAACCCACGGGAGCAGCCCCUUUGGGAAGCACAGAGGGGACUGCCAGCCCUGUCCUGCUGGCACCUUCAACCACCUCCCUGCCCAGCCUGCCUGCUUCCCCUGUGGCAGCUCCUCUUCCUCUCAGCCUGGUGCCACCAGCUGUACCUGCCAUGGGCUGAACAGGGCUUUCCAGCAGUCAGAUGCCUCCUGUAUCUGCCAGGCAGGUUAUGUUUACUAUGACGAGAGAGGCAAAAAAGACCCCGACAGCAACAGCGACCAGGACUGUCGACCUCAGGUGGACGAGCUCUGUGCCCCGGGGCAGGUCCGUCUGGCAGCCACGCGACGCUGCGUCGUCCCCGAGCGCCACGACUGCUCCCCUGCCUGCGGGAGGGCGGGGGAGAGCUCCACGCAGAGCUGGGCAUCUGUCACUGCAAGCAGUACAUCUCUGCUGAGGAGCUCUGUGACCAGCUGUGCCUGCUGAGAGCCCCUCGCAUCUCCCUGGCAUUUGGCAUCAACAGGGAGCUGCUCCUGAGGGUGGAUGAAGGAGAAGUGAGGGAAGUGGCAAAUGUCCUGGGCCCGGAUGAACACGUGCAGAACAGCCAGAGGGUGCACUUGGUCCUGUUCAGCCCCAGUGGAGUGCUGGGUUUCAUUGUCUCCAGCACAGAUGUUCUGGAUGCAUUUCUCGUG